CCCGCCCUCCACCGCUCCUCCAGUAAAUAUUUGUGUUUGCCCAGCCGGCUGUAAUGGUGGACGACUGAAGGGGAGCAAAACGGAAUACAACUCGAGUGAAGAAAAGAGGAAAACGGUCGAAAGUUUAGCUUUUGACUUAGGACACGGACUUCGUCGAAAAUGGAUGAACUUAAACAUCAAGUCAUGAUUAACCAGUUCGUCCUGACGGCGGGUUGUGCGGCAGACCAGGCGAAGCAGCUCCUGCAGGCGGCACAUUGGCAGUUCGAGACUGCCCUCAGUGCCUUUUUCCAAGAAACAAAUAUCCCAUAUGGCCAUCAUCAUCAUCAAAUGAUGUGCACACCAGCCAACACACCAGCGACACCCCCCAACUUCCCGGACGCCCUGACCAUGUUCUCCCGGCUCAAGGCAUCCGAGAGCUUCAACAGCGGCAGCCCCAUGGCGGCGUCCGUGGCCACCUCUCCUCCACCCCCUCAAGUAGGCGGCUGGGGAGUGUCACCCAACGUGCCCAACGUGCCGCCGCCCCCGCAAGGACUUUGGACUCAGGGGCAGCCCCCCACACAGCCCUGCCCCGCCUGGCCCACGGGCGUCAACCCUCACGCGGGCGCCGAGCAAAAGGCCAGCGUAGCGAUGGAGGCGGAGAGAUGAAUUGCCACGUCGCCCCGCCGCCGCAUCCACCCCGGGGAGAGGGGGCGAUACUUUGAUCAUUUGUCUUUUUCCAAAAGAAAACGGAAAACGUGGCAAGUCGGACGUGGAAAGAGACGGAAUCUACGCAAACCAAGAAAAACUUUAGGUGAACACUUUCAAGAAGGAGAAAACCAAUGCAAAUACAAAAGUAGACAAAAAAAAUAAAUACAAGAUACGCACAUGCAUAGUAAUAAGAGUAUGUGAAAUCUUAGUUGUUUUCUUACAUAAAUGACAAAUAUUGGAAUUUGGAAAAAGGAAACGUCACGCCCAAGGAUUCUCUAUGAUGGUCAAGGACUUUCAAGGCAGCAAAUCAAUUUUGUAAUUUUUUUUGUUAACCCCCCUCCCGGUAAACACUUUUUAUUAGCCAGUGUGAUUAUUUUCGGCCCCCAUACCCGCUGGUCUUGUUUUUUUUUUCAACUGUCUGUGCUGCAUGACGACAGCGAGGAACUUGCAACACAGUGUUUUAAAGUGACUGAAGCAUCAUGCACGAGAGCGUGUACGUGUGCGUGCGCGGAUGUUUGUGUGUUUUCGCAACUCUGGUCGGAAUGCAUAGGCGGAAAUUUAUAGAAAUGUCUAUGUAAACACACACGCGUUAGAGGAAACACCUCCAUAUUGUCAUCCCCAUCGUCAAGGCGGGGCUUGUUCUUACCUCACCUGGUGGUCACCUGACUUCUUUUUAGCCAAUCAGGGAUUCUUCUUAAACCAAUUGUUUGCGCUGACGACACAGGACAUGUUCUUAACAUUUUUUUGUUGUUGUUUUUCUUAAAUGCAGCAGCCAGUUUCGGUUCAUGCUAGCUUCUCCGCAAACACAACGGCUUAUUUUGAAACCGAAGUCUACAAACUGUAUACUUUUAUGAGAUUAUGGGUUGUACAAGAAAAUAAAAACAUCACUAGUGGUUUAAUAUAAUAUUGUUUGUAAUGAUGAUAGUUUUAUUAUCUGGGUGGAUUUAAGGGAGGCGGUUCUGCUAAAGCAGCUGAACUGGCUCCAGAUUGGGGGUGGGGGGCGGGGAAUGAGACUACUCCAUUUUUUGACUCUUUGUAUACAUUUAGCAUGACUUGUCAAUAACAUCUUUUACAGCAAAAAUUCCACAAGAUUUCCAAAGCUAAUAAUGACAACCAAUUAGAGUCGGCUCAUCUCAAAAUGAAGGUAAACUUUACAAAGCGACCUGUUGAUAUAUUACCUGACGGGUUAUUUGUUUUGAAUAAGUAUUAGGGCAAUACUAAUAAUAAAAAAAAAAAAAAAGGAUUCAAGAGAAUAGUCAUAUAUGAUUACUAGAAUUAAAAAAAACAUGUUUUUUUUUAUAAAAUUAUUCUUGCUAAAACUAGUGAUGCACUGAAAUUUUGGUGGCCGAAAAUGACCCAUAAGUGUAUUUUGGGUUUCGGGCCGAAAGACAGUUGUUGCCGAAAUAACGUUGUUUAUUGCCGCUAGCUUUGCUGCAGCCGACACGCGAGCACAUAUAUGUAAUACCUAAGAAAGAUUUACUAUUCAUAAGCAAUGCCCUGUGGAGCUUUGCUGGCUAUCCAGUUGAAUUGACUGGGAUGUCACUAUUACCUACAAAUUCACAAUGACAUAGUGGACCAUAAAUCCGUGGCUUUGCCAUUGUCAUGCUAUCGGCUCCUAGCCCAAACUAGUGUUUUCACUGCUUUUCGCUGGUGGAAUGCUUGUUGCAUGCUGUUUUGUGCCGCCCCAGCUACAGCUACCGGGACUAAAUACAAUGCCCAAGCACGGAGGCGAAUGUGUGCCUCGCGCCCGUUGUCAACACAGGAUAAAAGUCACUAAUUGUCGCCUCCAUGGCAGCGAAUAAGCUACACUUUUAGACAAGUAUCUUUAUCACCAAGGCCGGGAGAAAGACUGGUAGAGACGGGUACGUUAUGUUAGUCGCUAAGCAAUUCUGACAUGAUGUCGAAAAACAGCAAAAUAAGUGAGUGGGUGGUACAGUGCACUCGUCAUAUUGGUCGGGCGGAGAAAAAUGGCAGGCAAAUUCGUACGUUUAUAGAGGAAAAUAUGAUAGACAGCCAUACAGAAACCAGAAAUGAAAUAUCAUAUCACUGCUGCUACGUCACUUGAGAAAAUGGGCUGAUAAAUUGAAAAGUACAUGACUAUAUUUAUAGUACCACUAUGGGGAAAUUUGCAUCAUUUCAGCCGCAAUAGUGGGUACAGGAAAUACAAAAUGAGCACGCAAAAGAGAAGACAUUUGACGCAAUAAAUACGUUAAAAUAACAAAAAUUGAAGCCAUAAUGUAUUUAAAGAUUAUAGAGUAACGAUUAUGGUGUGAAAAUGAACAGUAUACAGAAUUAUUUUUAUCCUAUUACAUAUUUUCUUUCGGCGUUUCGGCCAUUAGUUGGCCAGCUUCAGGUGUUCGUGUUUGGCCAAGAAUUUUCAUUUUGGUGCAUCACUAGCUAAAACCUUUCUUGUAACAAGAAUUAUAUUUUGUAAAAUUGCUACUUAAUUUUUGUGAUUUUGUGACCGUUUUAAUGAAAUAUGAUUGCGCUCGUAAUUUUACCGUUGAUUGUGUUUUUUUUUUAUGUGGCCCUAAUGCUCAUUCAUAAUUCAGACUCAAAAAGACAGGAUGCUAACGUUCACCAGGGAUUUUACAACAUUCACAUGUGGAAUUAGUCGCUAGUCCUCCGAUUUGCUAAGGGGGGCGAGGGGCAGCUCAGGGGUGGCCCUGAUUUACGGCAAUAUAUUACAUGCAGGGUCCGCCCCUGGGUAUUUUUUAUUUUAUUUUUUUCAAUUGAGAUGAACAUUUUAUCUAGCCGGUGUUUUUUUUCUUCUUUUUUUUCAAAGAUCAAGAUAUUUAGGGACAUUAUGGAUAUAAUAAUAACAAAUAAUCAUCUUCCUUAUUAUUUUAUUUGAACUUGUGCUUCAGUUCAUCUUUCCCAGUUUCAUACUUUUUGGUUAAAUCUUGAGUGUUUUCUGGGUUGGCCUGUUCAGAAAUGGUUUCUCAUGUACAUCCACCACCCCCACUUUGUAUGACUGUAUGAGACCAUUCCCACAAUAUUUGUGGACUACCUGAUAAUUAACUUAUCAUUUUUGUGAACCUAAAUAAAUAUUGUUUGUCAACCUA